AGAAAUUAACUGGGCGCGAGAAGACACGGCCAUACAUCUGGUGCGGUGCACUUCAAGGCGGCGUCGUCGCCCGUCCUAUGCAUCCCUGGAUUACCAAGCGUCCACUCAGCGCUCGGACGGUUCUGAAUUGACAUGACUAGCCACGGAAAACUCGCCGCUGCAUCACUAGCGUCACCGUUCGCACAAAGCGGGGUACCGAAGGUCUAUGACGAGGUCAGAGGACCCGACCGACAAGCCACGGCCGAGCUGCUUAAUGCUUGGCAGGCGUCGUUUUUCACAUGUUACAACGAAAACGACUCGAGAGAACACCAGUACCUGGACGUCGGUUGCGGCCCGGGCAACUUCACGCGGAACCACCUUUUGUCGCUGUGCCCUCCGACGCUGAAGAGACUGGUGGCUUCGGACAACUCAGAGGCCAUGGUGGAUUAUGCGAGGAUGGUCCACGCCCACCCCAAGAUUGAUCACCGACUGCUGGACAUCGCUGUUGACGACGAUGUGACUCGGUUCAUCGCCGAGGAGGGUCGCUUUCAGCGGGUCUACUCCUUCCUCGCGUUUCACUGGAUACAAGACAGGGCAGCUGCACUGAAGAACAUCGAGCGCCUGAUGGCACCUGGGGGCGAGUGCCUCGUUAUAUACAAUCCGCACCCGGGACCAGCGCUGCUCUACCGGGCGCUAAUGGAAAGCAAGUCAUGGGCAAAAUACCACGAUGUGAUCUGGCGUGCCAUGCCUGUAUUUCAAGAACGUAGCGACGCUUCCUCCUUGAGAAGGAGCCUCUUCGACCUUGUCCAGCUAACUGGGCUCGUUCCACUGACAUGUGAACUGGUUCGAAUCAAUGUCAAAGCUGCAAACAUCGACGACGCUGUGCGUUUGUUCGCUAUUGGCAGUCCCGUAUAUCCUCUGCUCACAGAAGAAGAGAAACCCGAGUUGUUCAAGUUCGUCAAAAAUUUCAUGCUGCAAGGACAUUGCUCCAACUUCUCAACAAAAGGAACAACAGAACAGCUGAGAUUUGUUUUUCACGGAUACAAACCGUAGGCAUCG